ACCUAAUUUACCCUCGUCUAGCUUAUGCAGAAUGAGGAGAUUUGCGUGAACUAUUGAUGCCGAGGGAGUUGCCAUUCUAAAGCGCCGCCAAUAACUCAACCAGGGAGCCGCUCUCAGUUAUCAUCAUCACUUCCCAAUUUCAAAAGUCAUCGGAGAAGUUUCUGUCACCUUGAAGUGCAAUAUUCAGUUAAAUUGCUCAGUGGCAGUGCGUGCCAUACCUCUUCAUGGCCUUCAUCAAACAAAGGGUUAGCUCAUACAGCUCUCUUUCCUCACUUUCACUCUGCACUUUCAAACUCUAUUCUUCUUCUUCCGAAGCUUUGAUUUCAAAAGCUCAUGACACAGACGAAACCACAGAAACUGCCCAAACCACUAACCUGUCACCCCAAGAGACCCUUAUAGCAGAAAAUUUUCACUCUCUCAUUAAAGACCACUACCGUAAAAACCCUAAUCCCAACGCCACCUCACCCACCCCCAAUCUCACCAUACCCGAUCUCAACAUCAGUUUUUCCAAAAUCUCCGCCACAGAAACUGUUUCCCCCGCCGUCGCCCGCAAGGUUAUCGAGAAAUGCGGGGGUGUCCGCCAUGGCAUCCCCUUGCUCCAGUCUCUCGCGUUCUUCAACUGGGCCACCUCCCUCGAGGGCUUCCCUUCAUCCCCUGAGCCCUACAACGAGAUGAUCGACCUUGCCGGAAAGCUGAGGCAUUUCGAUUUGGCAUGGCAUUUGAUCAAUUUGAUGAAAGUUCGCGGAGUCAAAAUAACCAUUGACACGUUUUCUGUCCUUGUCCGACGAUACGUGAGGGCCGGAUUGGCUGCGGAGGCGGUUCACGCCUUUAAUCGCAUGGAAGACUUUGGUUGCUUCCCUGAUAUUGUUGCAUUUUCAAUUGUGAUUAGUAGCUUAUGCAGGAAGAGAAGAGCAAUUGAAGCUCAAUCAUUUUUUGAUAGUCUUAAGGAUAGGUUUGAGCCUGAUGUUAUAGUGUACACUAGUUUAGUUCAUGGUUGGUGCAGGGCUGGGAAUAUAGCGAAAGCCGAGGAGGUUUUCAGGGAUAUGAAACUGGCUGGAAUCAAGCCUAACACAUACACUUACAGCAUUGUGAUUGACUCACUGUGCCGGUGUGAUCAGAUUUCUCGUGCUCAUGAUGUUUUCUCAGAGAUGAUUGAUGCCGGCUGCGAUCCUAAUGCGGUUACUUUCAAUAGUCUCAUGCGAGUUCAUGUGAAGGCUGGAAGGACUGAAAAGGUCUUGCAAGUUUACAAUCAGAUGAAGAGGCUGGAUUGUCCUGCUGAUACGAUUACUUAUAAUUUCCUAAUUGAGAGUCAUUGCAGGGAUGAGAAUCUUGAAGAAGCUGUGAAGGUUCUCAACUCAAUGGUUAAGAAAGGGGUUUCUCCAAACGCGUCAAGUUUCAAUUCAAUUUUUGGAUGCAUAGCUCAGUUACAUGAUGUUAAUGCUGCUCAUAGGAUGUAUGCUAGAAUGAAGGAGCUGAAGUGCCAGGCUAAUACAUUAACUUACAAUAUAUUGAUGAGAAUGUUCGCGGACUCAAAAUCAAUUGAUAUGGUUUUGAAAUUGAAGAAGGAGAUGGAUGAGAAUCAAGUUGAGCCCAAUGUGAAUACUUAUCGAAUUUUGAUUUCAAUGUAUUGUGAAAAGGGGCACUGGAACAAUGGCUACAAGUUUAUGAAGGAGAUGGUUGAAGAAAAAGGACUAAAACCUAAUCAAUCUGUUUAUGAAAUGGUUCUAGAACUGUUGAGGAAAGCAGGGCAGCUUAAACUGCAUGAGGAUUUGGUGGAAAAGAUGGUUGCCAUGGGAUUUGUCUCUCGCCCUUUGUAGAAGUAGCUUCACUUGUCACAUCUUAGUUUAUAUUAAACUGUAAACUACUUGUAUUACCUGCUUAACUCAUAGUUUAGUUGGUUAAGAAAUAGUUGGAGAGUUCUUUAUUUUAUUUUAUUUUUGUGAACUUGUUAAAUUCAUAGGCAUCAUCUAUAAUUUCUUUGAUUUAUGGCCGAAGUUUUGUAGUACUUGAAUAACUCGGUGGAAACGUUGUUUGAAGUUAGGCAUUUAGCAUGUAA